CAUUCAACAUCAGAGGAACAAGUCCAACCAUUCAACAUCAGAUUCAUUCUCUAUCGAACCCAACUCACAAUCCAAAAGUAAAAGUCUUGUGUACACAUUGCAAUUGCGUCGACACGAAUACUCGCCAAACUAUUCUCUCUCGUCGUCCGAACAGCAUCGAUCGAUUUCUGAAAUCUCCAUUUCUCUCCAUCGCAAAUUCUUUCCAUUUGUCCUCUACUCCGCCAUCCAUUGAAAUCAUGAUCGAGUUCCGUCGGAACGCAUACCAUCGAACCACCAUACUCUGUCUGGUGUUGACCGUGAGUGCUUCCAUAUCUGCGUGGACUCUUCCGCGACUCCCGAUGCGGACCCAUCGCUCGUCCAUCGGAUCCUUACCAGCGACCGUCGACGACAGUAUCACUGCUUCUACGAUCAGCGCCAGCGGUACCACCAUCACCAGCAACAACGUAGUAACGACGAAGCUUCUCCCCGAAUUCCAAGCCGUAACCGACGCAGCACAAGCCAAGCUUCUGGCUUCCAUUCCGGAAGCUUACCACGCAAAAAUUGUCCCACUGCUGGCGCACUUUGUCAACGAGUACAUGACGGCCUCGCAAAACGCCUACCUCGCUACGGGCAAUCCCUCCAGUGCUCCGGAGCAGGCCGCUUCGCGGAUUCUCCAAGGCGUCGGAUACGGCGUACGCCUCGGUUUGCUGGAACCCUUUCAGUUCUCCACUUCCCACGUCGCGCUCCGGGGGAAGAAUCCGGAAUUGGAACAAGGCAACGAGAUUGACUUUUACGAAUUCGGCUGCGAAUUCUUCCGGACCGUCAUGGACUUGGAACGCUCCGUCGUGCUCGGGCAGGAUCAAAUUCCCACGAUACUGCAGCAGCUUGCCGAUGGUGAGAACGUUGUCUUGUUGGCCAACCACCAGUCUGAAGCCGACCCGCAAGUUGUCAGCUGUUGUCUAGAAGCCAUCGGAUACGGAGACUUGGCCGCCGACGCCGUCUACGUUGCCGGACACAAGGUUACUACCGAUCCCCUCGCUAUUCCGUUUUCCAUGGGACGCAACCUGAUCUGCAUCCACUCCAAGAAACACAUCAACGCCGACCCGGAAACCAAGUCCGUCAAACAGCGUGAAAACCUCAAAGCCAUGGGCGCCUUGCUCAACAAGUUCAAAGAAGGUGGUGCGCUUUUGUGGGUCGCCCCUUCGGGAGGGCGUGACCGACGGGAUGUCAACACCGGAAAAGUCCCACUUGCACCCUUUGACUCUAAAACCAUCGACAUGUUCCGACUGAUGGGUAACAAGUCCAAAAAAACGACACACUUUUAUACCCUCGCCAUGGUCAGUUACGAUCUCUGCCCCCCACCGGACGUUAUUGAGCCCGGCACGGGUGAACCCCGCAACGUACGCUUUGGACCCGUUGGUAUUGCCCUCGGCGCCGAGUGCAUUUCUGUGGGGGGACUGGAAUCGCGGCAGGACUUUUGUCAACACGCCUUUGCCCAGUGCCAGGACGAUUACCUACGCUUGCAGCAAGCGAUUGCCAAUCCGACAACGACGGAUCAGGCCUAGUGACCACCAGCGUUGCGCAUUUCACCUCCUUUACACAAUUGUGGUCGGCACAAGCACAAUACGUCACUGCAGGAAAUACACCACGUAUCCAUCCUUGUGGCAUGCGAACAAUGCCGUGUUCGUUCCCAUUUAUUUGGUCCGUAUUCGUAGAACAUAAUUAUGUGUGAUCGAGGGACACUAUUAUACAACCA